UCGGGCCCAGCCCACUCCUCGAAUAUAUAGUUCGCACGUCUCUCGUGCCUCAUUCUGGCGUCACUGAGGCGAAUCAGCGAGCAGCCUGCACGAGAGAGAGAGAGCAAUGCGCGGUGGCGGGAUCUUCGGAGGCGCGGAGGCGGCGGCGGCUUCCCGCUCGCGGCCGCAGCAGCGGCGAGGCGGCUGGUGGACGCAGCAGCGGCAGCAGGUGGUGAAGCGGCGGGAGCGGUGGCUGGUGGCGCUGGGGAUCGCCCUUCACGCCGUCUACAUGCUCAGCAUCUUCGACAUCUACUUCAAGACCCCCAUCGUCCACGGCAUGGACCCCGUCCCCCAGCGCAUCUCUCCCCCCGCCAAGCGCCUUGUCCUCUUCGUCGCCGACGGCCUGCGAGCGGAUAAAUUCUUCGAGCAAGAAUCCGAGGGGAAGUUUAGAGCGCCGUUCUUGAGGAGCGUGAUAAAGGAUUGGGGGAGAUGGGGGGUCUCUCAUGCCCGUCCGCCUACGGAAUCGAGGCCCGGCCAUGUUUCCAUCAUUGCGGGUUUCUAUGAGGACCCUAGUGCAGUCACAAAAGGGUGGAAAGCUAAUCCAGUUGAAUUUGAUUCCGUUUUCAACCAGAGUAGACACACAAUUGCUUUUGGAAGUCCUGAUAUUGUUCCUAUAUUCUGCAGUAAUUUACCUCACAGCACCUGGAGUUCUUACCACCCUGAUUUUCAAGACUUCGCAACAGAUGCAUCGUUCCUGGAUCACUGGUCAUUUGAUCAAUUUCGCAGCCUUGUGAAUAGAUCUUAUGAUGAUCCUAAACUAAGGAAGUUACUCCUACAGGAUAAAUUGGUCAUAUUUUUGCAUUUACUCGGUUGUGACACAAAUGGUCAUGCUCACCGGCCCUAUUCAUCCAUCUAUCUGAACAACGUUAAGGUUGUCGAUCAAAUUGCGGAAGGUGUCUAUAACCUCAUGGAAAGCUACUUCAAGGACAACCAAACAGCUUAUAUUUUUACAGCAGACCAUGGAAUGAGCGAUAAAGGAAGUCAUGGGGAUGGGCAUCCCUCCAAUACAGACACUCCGUUGGUCGCAUGGGGAGCUGGCAUUAAGUAUCCCAGACGGUUGAUCCCAAGUAGCCAAUCUGACGAUGGUUUUCGUUUUGUUGAUGAUCAUAAACAUGAUAUGCCCACUCCUAUUGAGUGGGGCCUUACAGGCAUUGAAAGAAUAGAUGUCAAUCAGGCUGAUAUAGCACCCCUAAUGGCUACUCUUGUUGGUUUGCCAUGCCCAGUUAAUUCAGUUGGGAAUUUGCCGCUGAGUUACCUUAGGUUGAGCGAGGCAGAAGAAGUUGAAGCUGCUCUGGCAAAUGCAAAGCAGAUUCUCAAUCAGUUCCUUUGCAAGUCACAGCUAAAGCAAUCAAAUUCUCUUUGGUUCAAGCAAUUUAAGCCUUUGGCAAAUUAUUCCUAUGUUCUCAGUCAAAUUGAAGAUCUCAUAGCUGCAAGGGAUUACAAAGCUGCCAUGAAAUUAUCCCAGAUCCUGAGAAGCCUGUCCCUGUCAGGCCUCCAUUAUUUUCAAACGUAUGAUUGGUUGAUGUUAAUGACCACAGUUACCCUUGGAUAUGUUGGGUGGAUGGUAAACCUUAUCCUUCAUGUGCUGCAGUCUUACACGUCUUUUCCGAGAAAUGAUUUGUGGAAGAAGAAUCAAGCUUUCCCUCUUGGAAUCACCGAACAACAAGUAUAUCUAGGUGGAUGUCUGUUGAUGGCUUUAUUCUUUAUAAUGUUGUUUCUAGAGAACUCUCCACCUCUUUACCAUGUGUAUGUUUCGAUGACAAUAUUUCUGUGGACACGGAUCUUUUGUAAUUAUCAAUUUUUAAAAGAAUUAUGGAGAGAACUAUGCAGCAGAACAUUUAGUUCUAAUAUCAAGCUUUUAACCAUUUUUGUGGUGGCAAUAUUUGUUCUUGAAUUUCUGGUGGCUAGCUUCUUUGAAAGGAAGCUGUACACUUGGUGUUUUCUGAUCGUGGGAUUACUUGCUGCGAUUUUUGUAUUAAUAUUCAUCCCUGGAAAACUUUUCUUGGCAACAUAUGUAUGGGUGGCUUGCUGGUUCAUAUCCAUAUUUACAUUGAUGCCUGCAGAAAUUCCUGACAACAACCAUUUAGUAACUGCUAGUGGGGCUUUGAUAAUACUGAUAGGGAUGGCCUCCAGAUGGUUUGAUUUAAGCAGUGACAGGGAUAAAUUUUGGUCGUAUAUUGGCCAAUUUAAGGAGCAGAAGUCUUGUCUCUUUCUUGUUCAGGCUCUAUUAGUUGCCUUAUCAUCAGCAAUGGUGUGGCUAUCAACUUCUCAUAGGGCUCAGAAGAAAGGACUACUCCUAGUGCACCAGUUAAUCAAUUGGUCUAUUACUGGUAUAUCCAUAGUUCUACCAUUAUUCUCACCAACUAGUCUUCUGUCUCGUCUCACAUCCAUCUUUCUGGGUUUUGCUCCACCUUUUCUUCUAUUGUCUAUUGGAUAUGAAGCUAUCUUUUAUAGUGCACUUGCUCUUGUACUUAUGGGAUGGACCUUGGUAGAACGUGCAAACUUGUACAUGACUAAAGACAAAGGAUCUUCUCUACACAUAGGGAACUUGGAGAAUAGCAUCACUGGUAGCCAUGGUGAAAGAUGCUUGCAGCUGUCUGACUUAAGAAUACCAUUGAUUUUUCUGGUCUUAUUUAAUGUCGCAUUUUUCGGAACUGGUAAUUUUGCCAGUAUUGCAAGCUUUGAAAUUUCAUCUGUUUACCGUUUCAUUACAAUCUUCAGCCCGUUUCUAAUGGCAGCCCUACUUAUAUUCAAGUUAUUCAUUCCAUUCAUGCUAGUCAUAUGCGUCUUUAGUGCAAUAACCAAGCUUAUUCGAGUUUCACGACUAGGGUGCUAUUUUCUUGUUAUAUUAUUUUCAGAUGUUAUGACCAUUCAUUUCUUUUUCCUGGUUCGCAAUACUGGAAGUUGGAUGGAAAUUGGUAAUAGCAUCAGCCAUUUUGGGAUUAUGAGUGCCCAAGUAGUUUUUAUAUUGAUUCUUUUUGCCCUCACGAAUAUAUACACAAAAGAUAUUGAAAUUCCAUCUCUACGGUUGUCCUCACGAAAAGCAAUGUAAUAUGAUGUAUUUCUUAUUUCUUAUAUUGGAGAUAGUGGCAAAAGGGUUAUGAUUUCUUUUUGUUCAGGGUAUUUAAACAGAUCAGUGGUGAAAGUUUUACGAUUUUGAUAAUUCUUACAAUUUUGAUUUAAGAUGUUUAUAAUUGAGCUGAUAUUUCUCACA